CCCGAAAUUUUUGGGUCGGGUUUUCGGGUCGGGUCAAAUGUUGACAGCUCUAUGUGAACCUGACCCGCCUGUGCUGCACGGGGUUCAAACCCCGCCUACUUCAAACCAUCAUCUAUCUAAUGGGCUGUGAUGCAUACAAUGUCAAUUCAACUGCGCUUUUUUAUAACAGACUUAAUUGCAAAGCCUGAACCUUCCACCACAUAUCUUCUAUCUCUCAUGGCCAUGAAUGCAAGGAUUGUCGGCAACGGAGAAAUAACCUUAGUACUCUCACAUGGCUUUGGCACAAGCCAGGAAAUUUGGGAAUAUGUGAUUCCAGAGCUCUCUAGAAGAUACAAACUCUUGCUCUUCGAUUGGAGCUUCUCCUCUGCAGCAGACUCACAGCCAGCAGCCACAGAUAUCUCCUAUGCAGGCUUGGCUAAUGACCUCAUAUCUCUCCUUGAUGAGAUGAAGAUGAAGGGAGUUGUCUUCAUCGGCCACUCGUUGGCCGGCAUGGUAGGCUGCCUCGCCUCCGUCCACCGACCGGAGCUCUUCAGCUAUCUUGUCCUUGUUGCUGCCUCCCCAAGGUAUAUGAACUCUGAAGAAUAUCAAGGUGGAUUUGAACCAUCAAAAAUACAGGACAUGUUAAGCAGCAUAGAAGCAGAUUUCCAAUCCUGGGCUGAUAGUUUCGCCACUUUAGUUCUUGGAAAAAAUUAUUCUAACCCAUUGUGGAAAUAUUUGGCCACUUUGAAAGCCAUGAAUCCAAAAACUGCUUUAGCUGUAGCAAAAAUGGCCUUUCUGGGUGAUCAGAGGCCUCUUCUGGAGCAG